UGCCUUUAGAAAAAAAAGAAGAAUUUGCUCAAGGCGCGCGAAUAUUGCAAAAUAAAUUAUUUUCAAACAUCACAAAAAUAUUGUAAAAAUGGAAGUUAUAAAUGCUAAUAGACAGGAGCCACAGUUAAAUCUUGAUAUUAAUGGACAACGUAACUUCAUCAAGUACUAUGCAAAAUUGGAGGAAAAACCCGCGACCACUGUGCGCUUCUUCGAUCGCAUUGAUUUUUAUUCUGUGCACGGCACUGACGACUGCGAACUCAUUGCAAAGCUUGUCUACAAGUCGACCGCUUUUGUGCAUCACCUUUUGCCAGAUGAACCCGAAAAACUCAGUUAUGUUACGCUAUCAAAGGCCAACUUUAAUAUGGCUGUGCGAGAGUUAUUGCUAGUGCGCAAUUUCCGCGUAGAAGUUUAUGUACGGCCGCCUGGAGCUUCAGCUGUCAACAAUAAUUGGAGCCUUGAAUACCGUGGUUCACCUGGCAAUUUGCUACAAUUCGAGGAAAUUUUGUUCGGCAAUAAAGAGAUACUUGUAAGCAAUAAUUUGUUGUCAUUGCAAGUACGCUUAGUUGAGGGUAACCAACGGCGCUUAGGUGUUGCUUUUGUGGAGCAGAACGAUUGCCAGUUUCAUGUAUUGGAGUUUGUUGACAAUGAUUUCUUCACCGAACUGGAAGCAAUGGUCGUGCUGUUGGGACCAAAAGAAUGUUUGUUGCCUGCAGGUGACGGGGAGUAUGUAGCCGUCAAACAACUACUAGAGCGCAACAAUGUGGGCGUUACUGUACCGAAGCGUUCUGCUUCUACACCCGCUGAGAAAAACGACUUGCUGCAGGACUUGAAUCGGUUGAUACGUUUUGCGAAGGGACAACAGGAAGAUGCAUUAACGUUGCCGGAAAUGCAACUUACUAUGGCCAUGGAAGCAUUGCGUGUGGCUAUUAAAUAUUUAAAUCUCGUUAAUGACGCCAGCAAUUUAGGUCAUUACAAAAUGAUGCAGCUGAAUCUUAAGCGUUUUGUACACUUGGAUUCAGCAGCUGUUGCAGCGCUCAACAUUUUACCCAAACCCGGUACGCAACCCAACUCUCCCGGCUAUCACUGGCAGAGCAUAUUGGGUGUCCUCGAUCAUUGUCGCACUCCACAAGGACAUCGCCUUCUGGCUCAGUGGAUAAAGCAACCGCUCCGUAGUAUUGAAAUUCUAAACGAUCGCCAUGACAUUGUACAGUGCUUGCUCGAAUCACCUAGCACACUAACUUCCCUUCACGAUGACUACUUGAAACGCAUACCUGAUGUGCUAAUGCUAACUAAACGUCUGCUACGCCAAAAAGCUACCAUGCAGGACCUCUUUCGAGUCUACCAAGUUAUUUUGCGUACUCCACGCAUAGUAAACACGCUACUGAGUCUCGAAAAUGCCACUGUGAAAAAUGUGCUGUGUGUUGCAAUGAAAUCGCUCUUAGAAGAUCUGUCCGGUUUGAAGCAAUUAGUUGAGCAAGUGGUGGAUUUUGAAGCCAUCGAAGCAGGAGAUUACCUUGUGAAAGCUUCCUUUGAUGAACAGCUGCAGGACAUGAAGAAUGAUAUGUCACGUAUUUUAGCUAAAAUGGAACGCUUACAGCAAAAAGCUGCAGAUGACUUGAAUAUGGAGAAACCGCAAGUGCGUCUAGAUAAUGUUGCAAAAAUUGGUUACCACUUCCGUGUGACUUUGAAAGAUGAUUCCGAGUUGCGUAAAAAUAAGAAUUAUAAAAUUUUGGACGUUGUGAAGGGUGGUGUGCGUUUCACCAACGAAAAACUGUCCGAGUAUAGUGAAGAGUAUGGAAACUUGUGUGAGAAGUAUGAAGAGCAGCAGAAAUCAGUUGUGGAAGAGAUUAUCAAAGUGGCUAUUGGGUACGCGGCGCCACUUAGCUCAUUGAAUGGCGAAUUGGCGCAACUGGACUGUCUGGUCAGCUUUGCAUUGGCCGCAAUGAGAGCACCAACACCCUAUGUACGACCGAAAAUGUUAAAGGAGGGAGCUGGUGUGCUCUCCUUGAAGGACUUGCGACAUCCUUGUUUGGAAUUACAGGAACACGUAACAUUCAUUGCCAAUCACGUGACAUUCGAAAAAGAUGUAUGCAACAUGUUCAUAAUAACGGGUCCUAAUAUGGGCGGAAAAAGUACAUAUAUACGUUCUGUGGGCACGGCUGUCUUAAUGGCGCAUGUUGGUGCUUUUGUGCCAUGUAGCGAGGCGAUAAUAACUAUGGUUGACUCUAUAUUGGGACGUGUGGGUGCCAGUGACAAUAUAGUGAAAGGUUUAAGCACAUUCAUGGUUGAGAUGAUUGAGACUUCGGGCAUUGUUCGGACUGCCACCGAGAAUUCUUUGGUGAUUAUAGAUGAACUUGGCCGCGGCACAUCUACAUAUGAGGGUUGCGGUAUAGCUUGGUCCAUAGCUGAACAUUUAGCGAAACAGACUAAAUGCUUCACCCUCUUCGCAACACAUUUCCAUGAGAUAACCAACCUAGCUGAGUCUGUAAAAACCGUUAAGAAUUGCCAUAUGGCCGCCGUUGCAGAUGCUGAAAAUUUCACUCUGUUAUAUCAAGUACGUCCUGGAGUUAUGGAGAAAAGUUUUGGCAUACAAGUGGCACGUUUGGCCAACUUUCCCGAAGCUGUUGUACAUACGGCUCAACGUAUUUAUAGCGAGUUUGAAGAUGAAUACACCGAAAAGCAAGUUCAAAGUGAUAAGGAACUGUUGGAUAAAAUUGAUGCAGCUGUAGAGCGGCUAACAACAACGGGUAAUGACGUUGACAUCGAUGAAGCGGAAUUAAGUGCAUUGGUUGAAAAUUUCGCCAGGGACAUUAAACAACUAGAUAGCGAGUAUUUCCGUGCUGUACUAUCGGUGGAAGGAAACUAAAACGUCUAGUAUUUUUAAAUUACAUUGAUUCAGUAUUCUUCCUUUUUAUAUCGAGUUGUAAUAAAAAUGUUGCUAAUUCUUUGUUAACAA